GUCGUUUGAUGAGUAAGGUUAUGAAGAGUGACGAGAGAGGUGAUGGUAGUGAGGAAGGUAAGGUUGGUAGAUCUGGAAACAGCCAUAUUAGAGGCAACAUGUCUGCCGCUGUUGUGAACGAUGUUGGUGCUAAAGUAGAGGAAAAACAUCAUAAUGAAGAGGAAGAUGUUGAUGAUGUCGAUGAUUUAGUUGACGGGUCUGCACCUGAGGCUGCCAAGAAAAAGAAGAAGAAGAAGAAAAAGAAGAAGGCAGCUGGUGGAGUGAGUUCGAUCAAUGUCCCAGAUGGAGAUGACGACGUAGAUGUCAACGGUGUGGCAAACAGCCAGGCUAAGACUACCUUGGAGGAUGGGGAUGAGGAGGAGGAGUGCGAAGGUGGCAAUGAGGGAGAAGAUGGAGGCAGCAAGAAGAAGAAAAAGAAAAACAAGAAGAAGAAAGGAAGUGGAGGGAUGAAAGCAGCUACAGCUGCAAUGCAACAGACAGAUCCACCAACAAUCCCAGUGGUUGAUCUUUACCCUAAUGGUAUUUUUCCAAUUGGGGAAAUUUGUGAAUACAAGAUGAAACAAGAUGAUAGAACAUCUAUCAAUCGAAUGACAUCACCAGAGAAGAAAGCUCUGGAGACUUCGUAUGAAGAUAUGUAUCGUGAGAUUCGAAUUGGCGCAGAGGUUCAUCGCACAACUCGCAAAUAUUUCCAAAAGAAUGUCAAGCCAGGGAUGACCAUGAUUGAAAUUUGCAACAUGAUUGAAGACACCAAUCGUAAAUUGAUCAAGGAGAAUGGUCUUGAGGCAGGUUUGGCAUUUCCUACAGGAUGCUCAAUCAAUCAUUGUGCAGCUCAUUACACUCCUAAUGCUGGUGACACAACGGUGCUUUCAUAUGAUGAUGUGUGCAAGAUUGACUAUGGAGUUCAUAUUAAUGGUCGAGUGAUUGACUGUGCUUUUACACUGACUUUUGAUAACAAGUACGACAAGUUGGUGGAGGCUGUUCGUGCUGCUACCAACACUGGCAUUCGGGAGGCUGGUAUUGAUGCUCGACUCUGUGAUAUUGGGGAGGCUAUUCAGGAAACGAUGGAAAGUUAUGAAGUCGAACUAGGUGGCAAGGCUUACCAAGUAAAGUGCAUCCGUAACCUGAAUGGGCACUCUAUUGCUCCAUAUAGGAUACAUGCUGGGAAGACAGUGCCAAUUGUAAAAGGAGGUGAAGCUGAGGUCAUGGAAGAGAAUGAAGUUUAUGCUAUAGAAACUUUCGGAUCUACUGGUCGUGGAUAUGUUCAUGAUGACAUGGAAACCUCCCAUUACAUGAAGAAUUUUGAUGUUGGACAUGUUCCUCUGCGACUGGCCAAGUCGAAGCAUCUGCUGAAUGUGAUCAACCAGAACUUUGGCACUCUGGCCUUCUGCCGUCGCUGGCUAGACCGUUUGGGAGAAACCAAGUACCUGAUGGCCCUCAAAGAUCUCUGUGAUAAGGGGAUCGUGGACCCAUACCCUCCACUCUGUGAUGUGAAGGGAUGUUAUACUGCACAGUUUGAGCACACUAUUGUUCUACGGCCCACCUGCAAGGAGGUGGUGACCCGUGGCGAUGAUUACUAAUGCAUUUUCAUUUUCAUUCUUCAUACUCUUAUCAUUACAUGAGUAAAAACUGGACUCUAGAACUCUUGCAUCAAGACCAAUUAAAUGUGAUAAGAUAGAGCUUCAUAAAAAGUUAUCACUAAUACAUACAAUAGGUAACAAUUUUUUUUUUUAAAUUCUCCAAAAGGUUUCAAUAUUAAGAGUUCUAGCCUCCAGACACAUGAUAGUUAUUUGCUGCUGCAGCGAGCAAUGCUCAAGUCAGUUUUAGUUUAGCAAUUUGCGUAUUGUCUAUAGAUAUGCAAGUAAUACAAAGCAUAAUACUGUAUUAUAUUUAGGGAGAAAAUGCUGUUACAACUUAUUUAAUACUGUAUUGCUGAUGGGUUUAUUGGAAUAUCCUAUUGUUACGACCAUAAUGAGCACGUACGUGUAAUUGAUAUAUAAUUAUUACAUAUUUCCAUUAGUGUGCCUUAGUUUUGUUUCUUCAUAUGCAUGUAAAUGUAUUUAACCAAAUUAAAUGUGAAUGUUUUCAGUUCAUAAUCAGUUUUAGAUGAUUGGAUAAAGUUUUAUAUUAGUAAAUUAUUUCAAAAUGCUUGUUUCAUCUGUUUCUGCUUGGGAAGAUAGUGUGUGCUGCCAUUCCUUUAGUAAGCCUUGUGCUUUUUUUUUAUUUAAACAAGGAAAAUAUGUUGACAUGUUUUGCAAAACUAUUAUUGAUUGGAGAUAUCAAAUUUCAAAAACCUGUUAUUGGGAAAUAGGGGCUGCUAACACCUUGUUUUAUGGAUAGCUGCCACAUUUAAAAGAUUUGGUUGGAAAAUUAUUGCUGUUAAUAAAAAACCCAUUAAAA